GCAUUGAAAGGCAAGAGAAGCACAUGUUUUGUCCGUUUAGUCGCCCUUUCGUUGCAAUCAAUCCUUAAUUCAAUUGAAUUAUGCGUUGAUUUUAUGGCACAAUAUAAUCAAUUCAGACAUUGAUUUAAAGCCUAAACCAAUGAUCUAAUCGUUUAGUCGAUGGUCUGAGCGCUCGAAGACAUGUAUUUAUAUAACCUAACCCUUCAGAGGGCGUCGGGUGUCGUCCACGCAGUUCACGGAAGUUUCGCCGGAACUAAACAGCAGGAGAUAGCGGUGGCGAAGGGAAAGGUGUUGGAACUGCUCCGACCCGAUGUCAAUACCGGCAAAAUUCACGUCUUGCUGUCUGUCGAGGUUUUUGGUAUCAUUCGAUCGAUGCUUACGUUUCGAUUAACCGGUGGUUCUAAAGAUUAUCUGGUGAUCGGAUCCGAUUCCGGACGCGUUGUUAUUCUGGAGUAUUUGCCGAAUAAGAAUGUCUUCGAUAAGCAAAAGUUGGUUUACAUCUUGAAUAGAGAUGCGAGCGCUCGGCUCACCAUAUCUUCGCCAUUAGAGGCCCACAAAUCCAAUACAUUUGUGUUCCAUACGGUCGGCAUUGAUGUGGGCUUUGAGAACCCGAUGUUUGCCUGUCUUGAGAUGGACUACGAAGAGGCGGACACCGAUCCGACCGGAGAGGCGGCGCAACUAACCCAACAAACGCUCACAUUCUAUGAGUUAGAUUUGGGUCUCAAUCAUGUGGUGCGCAAAUACAGCGAACCCCUUGAAGAACACGCAAACUUUCUGAUCACAGUUCCCGGCGGUACUGAAGGUCCGUCCGGUGUUCUCAUCUGUUCCGAGAAUUACGUGACUUAUAAGAACUUUGGCGAUCAGCCGGACAUCCGGUGUCCGAUACCCCGUCGGCGCAACGAUUUGGACGAUCCCGAGAGAGGGAUGAUAUUCGUGUGUUCGGCGUCUCAUAAGACGAAGAAUAUGUUCUUCUUUCUGGUGCAGACAGAACAGGGAGACGUCUUUAAGCUGACUCUGGAGGUGGACGAGGAUAUGGUGACUGAAAUCAAGUUGAAGUACUUCGACACCGUUCCCGUUGCCGCCAAUCUAUGCGUUCUCAAGACUGGCUUUCUGUUCGUGGGCUCUGAGUUCGGGAAUCACUAUCUCUACCAAAUCGCACACUUAGGCGAUGACGACGACGAACCAGAGUUCAGCAGUUCGUCGCCAUUAGGAGAGGGCGAGACCUUCUUCUUCUCUCCCCGUCCUCUCAAGAAUUUGGUUUUAGUCGACGAAUUGGAAUCACUCUCUCCUAUAAUGCACUGUCAGAUCGCAGACGUGGCCAAUGAGGACACGCCUCAGGUGUUAGUUGCCUGCGGAAGGGGUCCGCGUUCGACGCUUAGAGUUUUACGGCACGGCUUAGAAGUGUCAGAGAUGGCUGUGUCUGAACUUCCCGGUUGUCCUAACGCUGUCUGGACUGUCAAGAAGAAGGCCGACGAAGAGUUUGACUCUUAUAUUGUGGUCUCUUUUAUUAACGCAACACUUGUUUUAUCAAUCGGUGAAACGGUUGAGGAGAUCACAGACUCUGGCUUUUUGGGAACGACUCCGACGCUGUCGUGCGCACAGAUCGGUGACGACGCUCUCGUCCAGAUAUAUCCCGACGGUAUCCGUCAUAUUAGAGCCGAUAAACGAGUCAAUGAAUGGCGAACUCCGGGCAAAAAGCAUAUCUCGAAGUGCGCUAUAAAUCAUCGACAAGUUGUGAUCGCUUUAACCGGCGGUGAAAUUGUUUACUUUGAAAUGGAUAUCAGCGGACAAUUGAAUGAAUACACCGACAGAAAAGACAUGAAUUGUGACGUUAUUUGCAUGGGUUUGGGAGAAGUGCCGGCCGGCGAACAGAGAUCCAGGUUUUUAGCCGUCGGUCUAUCGGACAAUACGGUCCGAAUCAUAUCACUCGACCCAUCGGAAUGUCUGUCUCCGCUCUCAAUGCAAGCAUUGCCGGCAACGCCCGAGUCUUUAUGUAUUGUCGAAAUGGGAUCCAAGAAUGAGUCUAAAACGUCGGGCCGUUUGUAUCUGAAUGUCGGCCUUCAAAAUGGAGUACAUUUGAGGACAGUUUUGGAUGAAGUGACCGGAGAUUUAUCGGAUACUCGGACUCGAUAUCUCGGGACCCGUCCUAUCAAACUAUUUCGGGUUCAAAUGCAAGGCAGUGAAGCACUGUUGGCGAUGUCGAGCCGUUCGUGGCUUUGUUAUUACCAUCAAAAUCGUUUCCAUUUGACUCCACUCUCGUACGAGAUGUUAGAAUACGCGUCCGGUUUCUCAUCAGAACAGUGUCCGGAAGGCAUUGUCGCCAUUUCUGCCAAUACUUUGCGUAUUUUAGCCAUUGAAAAGUUGGGCGCAGUUUUCAAUCAGCAAUCAAUUCACUUGGAAUACACGCCACGAAAGUUUGUAAUACAUCCGGAAAGCGGUUAUUUGAUUGCCAUCGAAACGGAUCACAACGCAUACACUCAGAAGAAUAAAGGCAUCCGAAGGACCCAAAUGGCCGAAGAGAUGGUGGAGGCGGCGGAGGGCGAGCUCGAACAGGAACAGGCCGCUGAAAUGGCCGCCGCCUUCCUCAGCGAAGAACUGCCCGAAAGUAUAUUCGGAGCGCCGAAACCAGGUUUGGGUCACUGGGCGUCCAUUAUUCGGAUACUCGACCCGAUUAGCGGCCAAACGUUGCAUAAGAUAGAGUUGGAGCAAAACGAGGCGGCGUUUAGUAUAGCCCUCUGCCGUUUCAUAGGACAGGGAGACGUGCCCUACAUUCUGGUUGGCGUCGCCAAAGAUCUUCAUCUGAAUCCUCGCGAGUGCGCCGGCGGUACUGUUCAUACGUAUCGGUUGUUAGAAGAGGGAAAACGACUCGAAUUGAUGCACAUAACGGCUGUGGAAGACGUGCCGCACGCCAUCUGUCCCUUUCAGGGCCGAGUGGUUAUAGGCGUCGGAAAACUGCUCCGAAUCUACGAUUUGGGCAAAAAGAAGUUAUUGAGAAAAUGCGAGAAUAAGAACAUCAAUAACAUGAUUGUGACCAUCAGUGCGAUGGGCAGUCGCCUAUACGUUGGCGACAUUCAGGAGAGCUUUUAUUUUGUAAGAUAUAAGCGAUCGGAGAAUCAGUUGAUUGUGUUCGCCGACGACUCUGUGCCGCGUUGGGUGACAGCGAUGUGUGUCCUCGACUACGACACUCUGGUCGGCGCCGACAAGUUUGGCAAUAUUGUGGUGAUUCGGUUGCCUCAAGGCAUCAACGAUGAGGUGGACGACGACCCGACGGGUAUUAAGUCAUUGUGGGACAGGGGAUGGUUGGGCGGCGCCUCCCAGAAGACGGACAUAUUGUGUAACUUUCAUGUCGGAGAAAUCAUACUCUCGAUGCAAAGGGCGACUCUUAUUCCCGGCCUUUCCGAAGCGUUGGUCUAUACGACCAUUUCGGGUACAAUCGGUGUAUUGGUUCCGUUCACAUCACACGAAGACCACGACUUCUUCCAACACUUGGAAAUGCAUAUGCGGUCAGAGAAUGCGCCGCUCUGUGGACGCGACCACUUGUCCUUCCGGUCGUAU